AUGUUAAUAAGAACCUUGGAAGCUCCACUCUCCGACGUCGGCCAAAUUAUUUUUUUGGUGCGCCAAGACAUUGGAGUCAUAUCACCAACGAUCGCUGAACUCUUGGAUUCUAGGACAUCUGCAAAUAUGACUUCGGUGAUUAAAAUUCCUUGCUCCUCCGCCAACAUUGGCCCCGGAUUCGAUGUGAUCGGCCUGGCACUAUCCCUCCACCUGGAGGUCCACGUCACCGUCGAGAACAAGCCCUCAUCCCAACUCCCCUUCAACUGUGCCAUCACCUAUGAGGACCAAAGCAAGAGUGUCGAGAAGAUCAGUCUCGACCCAGAAGUCAAUCUGAUUACCCGUGUAGCCUUGUAUCUUCUCAGAUGCCACGACCAGCGCGCAUUCCCCGUCGAGACCAAUGUGCACAUUAUCAACCCCAUCCCAUUAGGGCGGGGUCUAGGCUCUUCCGGUACCGCUGUCGUCGCGGGUGUGAUGCUUGGUAACGAGGUUGGCAAGUUGGGAUUGAGCAAGGAGCGCUUGCUUGAUUACUGCUUGAUGAUUGAGCGCCACCCCGAUAACGUGGCUGCUUCCCUCUUCGGUGGAUUUGUCGGUACCUAUCUCAAUGAGCUUAAGCCCGAAGAUGUGGCUCGCAAGGAGAUCCCACUCAGUGAGGUCUUGCCUGCCCCCGCCGGUGGUGUUGAUACCGGCAUCAGGCCCCCCGAGCCCCCCAUGGCCAUUGGCCAUUACCGAAAGUUCAACUGGGCCCCGGAGAUCAAGGCCAUUGCUAUCAUUCCUGACUUCGUGGUCCCUACUGCCAAUGCCCGCAACGUCCUCCCAGAGUCCUACUCAAGGGCGGAUGUGGUCUUCAACCUCCAGCGCGCGGCUCUCCUUCCCGCAGCUCUGGGAAGCUCCCCUCCAGAUCCCGAGAUGAUCUUCCUUGCCAUGCAAGACAAGGUGCACCAACCGUACCGCAAGACCCUGAUCCCUGGUCUGACUGAAAUUCUCCAAUUCAUGACCCCCGCCACGCAACCGGGUCUUCUGGGAAUUUGCCUUUCCGGCGCUGGACCUACUAUCCUGGCUUUGGCAACGGAGCGCUUCGAUGAAAUUGCUGACCGCAUCAUCUCUCAGUUCGCUUCAAACAACAUUUCCUGCCAAUGGAAACUGCUUGAGCCCGCUCAGGACGGCGCUACUGUGACUUACAACUAA